CUUGGGCUCUCAUUGCGACUCCUACUAGAAAAUAGAAAAAUCACUCUUAUAUUACAGCCACAGUAAAUAACUGUCCUUGAACACUAUGUUGGCUACUCGGACGUCUCCAAGGCAAUUACUGGCUUUCUUCGUUCUUGGUUUCUUCGUCACUUUCGUUCUAUUUCUUGGGAUCUCGAAUGAAGCUGCAGACUAUGCGAGACGAUUAGAGGCAUCGCUUCGAACGUCUGGAUCCUCUUCAAAAGAGAAACCGGACUUAGACCAGUAUGUUUUCAAGAGGACGCUUAGCGACAAAGAGCUAGAUUUUGACGAUGCGGAUCGGAGGAUAAUUUUCAUCGGGGACAUUCACGGAAUGAAAGAAUCUCUCGAUAAACUACUCAACAAGGCCCACUACAAUAUACAAACCGACCAUAUCAUACACGCUGGCGACAUAGUAGCCAAAGGUCCCCACGACGGUUCACUCGACGUUUUAACAUACAUGACAAAGCAUAAUAUAACAGGCGUACGCGGGAACCACGACCAAAUGGUAAUCGGGUGGCGAGCAUGGAUAGAAGAAGUCCUUUCCCACCCGGGAGGUGCGAAAUGGCUUAAGGACCUAGAAAGGAAGAGCAAGAGGGAACGAAAGGCGUAUAUCAAGGCCCUUCGAAAGGCGGUAGAAAGGGGUAAGGAAGAACAAUGGAAGCGGAUUCCAGAAGAUUGGGAAUUCAUGAGCGACCACUACACAAUCGCACGCUCAAUGUCUCCAGACCAAGCAACCUACCUCCGUUCCCUCCCUCUCGUCCUACACAUCCCACAUCUCCACGCAUUCGUCCUUCACGCCGGUCUUCUCCCUCUCGACCCACGCCGAAGUCCUACUUCCGAUCGACAGCCGCUCGCGCAUGUGCCCGAGGAUAAUUCAGAUUCAGAGAAUGACGAGGAGCAGCGACUUCGAAAGAAGCAAGAGGAAGCUGUUCUUAGUGAUAUACCACAGAACCGUGAUCCGUGGAACAUUCUUAAUAUACGAAGUAUCUUGAAGGAUAAUACGAUUACUAAGGAUUCGAAGACAGGUCAUGCUUGGGCGCCGUUGUGGAAUACGAUUGUGAAGCGGUGUGGAGGGUUUGAUCUUAGUUUGGACGUUGAGGAUGGUGACGAGGAUGAGAAUGAAAGUGACGAUGACUUUGCUUUUCUCAACGCAUUCAAGAAAGAGAAGCCACUACCAUGUCAUCCCUCAACAGUCAUCUACGGACAUGCAGCUUCGCGUGGGUUAGACAUCAAGCGCUGGAGUAAAGGAUUAGAUACCGGAUGUGUAUACGGUCGUAGGCUCACCGCACUCGUCCUGACUCCACCAAACGCAUGGGUAGAUGAAAUAGAUGAUCCAGACGACGAAACUGAGGACGACGAUCAAGACAGCUCCUUAUCCCGCAAGAAGAAAAUGCGAUUCGGUGAUAAAGACGGGAAGACUGCGAACGCGCGUGUCGUGAGCGUUUCAUGCCCGGACUUAUAGCAUUCUCUUCGUUCUUCGUUCUGAUCGUUCGAGUCUUUGCGAGGAAUUCGGAGAGACAGUAGAUAUAUGGUUAAUUGGGUAGGUUGUGUGCAGAUGGGUAGAUGAGGACGAACGCUAGAGCAUCACUUACAUAUCUCACAAUAUACAUCUUGCUUCUGACUUGAUUUUUGGUUGUUGCCUGUUCUGCUUACUUCAUAAAGUUUUGGUAGAAGACUAGUAUUUUGUAUUGC